UAAUAUUUGAAAAAGAUGAGAAAAAUGAGCUCAGACCUGGAAGAUGACGAUGAUCCUCAAAUGGGAAAUGGAAUUUUCUGCCAGGUAGAUAAAAUUAAAGAUCCUUUUGGCUACUACUACAGUGAUGGACUUAGCUACCUGGACAGUACAAACAUUCAACAAGAUACGGAUGAAAAGGAUGAAAUAUCAGAGAAUCCCUAUCCUUUCCGAUUUGAUGAUCCCUCUGAUCAACCAGCCCCAGAGCAAAGAGAUAAUGCACCAAAAGAUUUGGCACCUGAAGACGAACCUGCUGUUGUGUUAGUUUCAGACGAAGAUGCUGCUCCAAAAAUCCAUCCACUUUUCCUAACACCCUUUUCUGAAUCUUUACACAAGACGUCAAAACCUAUCUCAAAUAAGAAAAAGUUUUCAAUCUCGAAGUAUAUACACAAAAUCUUCCUAGAGCUCAUUGAAAAACAAGAGUUGAUCGACCAGGGGUGUUACCAUAAGAAAGGGCCUGGUCGUAAAAGAGCUAACCCUAACAGAACUUCUUCUGAACUUUUUACGCUUCUUUGGAAUCAUAUGGAUACAAAACUCAGAAGAACUUGUACCAAAAGACUUAACAGAACAGAUGCUCUAACUACAGAGUUCAUCAGGUUCUGUGAGAAACUUCCAUAUUUCUUGGUCUUGAACUGCUCCUCUCUUAGUGUCUACAAGAAGUCAAUCCCGACCUCUUUCCUUUACAGCUUCCUCGAAAGUUUCACCAGUUUCUCUUCUUCACUAAAUUGCUCUAAUUUGGACAUUGUUAGAUCAUUGGCAGAAUACUCCAUGAUCUUCUUCCCAAGAAACAAAUGUCUUCAAAUUAUUAAGCUUUUGAAGGAAGAGAACUAUGAAGAAAGCUUUUGCCAGAAUCUGAAGGAACUAUUAGACCUUAGAGAAUGCACUUCCAAGAAAUCCAUCAAGGAGUUCUCUCAAAAGUCACCCAUUCUUAGGAGAAUCUUCUCCUUGGCCUUAGAUAUUUUGAAACAAGACUCUUUUCCAAAGAAUCUAUCAUCUUCGUGCCUCAUCAAAUGAGCUGAAUACUUCAUACAAGAAGAAUAAGUUCAGCUCAGAUUUACCAAGAAAUUAAGUUAUUACUAAUUUCAAAUC